AUGCCUCCAGAGUGUACAAGUAUAUCGACACUGAGGAAAGUUUGUGAUCAUUGUCGAAGAAGAAGAAUACGAUGUGAUGGGAAUUUCCCAUGUAAGCAAUGCGGGAAUGCAUCGUUAGCAUGCAAAAGAGAGCACAUACCGAAGAGAAGGGGACCCAAACGUGGAAAUGGUAGAGUGAUCAAUGAAUUGAGAGCUCAAGAUGGCGGGGAUAUCAAAAACUUUGCAGAAGUCCGUGACUCGGGCUCGGGUGGAAGCAGUACCGGUCCAGGAUCAGUGGAUAUAGAUCGUUGGGUUUCGGAUACUGCUAGCUCUUCCGCCGCUCAAACAUAUGUGGGAAGAUCUGCACGGCAUCCAAUCAUGUCGGAUAUCUCGACCAUUUCCAGUGAUGAGCCAAACAGUAUAUUUACGACCGAUCAAUUUAGGCCCACAUCUGUGAGCUACAUGUAUCUAAUCCCGACAUGCCUUGAUCUUUUUCUUGAGCAUAUUUACCCAAUUAUGCCUCUAGUGCAUAUGCCCACUCUACGAGCCUCAAUAAAUCGGCCAUUGGAAAUGCACGAGAAAAACCUUCUUUACUCGUUAUGUGCCAUCACUUCAACUCAUAUGUCGGGUAAAAGCAUACUAGCUCCAGGACCCCCUUCGUGGGAAACUGCUGGAAGAUUCUUCCUUGACGAGUGUAUAAUGAUUCGACGGGCUUAUGACUUCAUCGAAGAUAAAUCGUUGUCUGCUGUUAUAUCUUCAUAUUUCGUAUCGACUGCAUUUUUCGAGUUGAAUCAGUCCAGGAAAUCUUGGUACUAUUUGAGAGAAGCAAUGACAAUGGCUCAAGAUAUAGGGUUGCAUGAAGAGCAUAAAUAUUCCGGUCUUCAACCUGCUGAAGAACUGUGCCGUAGACGAACAUUUUGGAUUCUAUAUGUUACAGAAAGGUCUUUUGCGAUUCUACGUCACAAGCCUCUCACCCUUUCGAAGACACCGGCUCUGCCCUCAACUCUACAUGAUUAUGAAAGCCCGGAAAUUCAUUCUGGGUUUAUGCACCUAGUACAAUCUUACCAUCUGCUAGACUCUAGCUUUGUAGACUCUUGGAACGAAGCCUCUGAUGCGCCAGUUUCGACUCUUACGUACACAGCGCUUCAACAACAAUUAAAUCUUCCUCACCCUUCUCACUUGUCCCUUGCUACCAUACAGAAAGCUGAUAUUCUCGUUACCCAGCAAUGGCUUCGCUUGAUUGUUUGGCAAUCUUCGAUGCGUCAAGGCUUGCUCUCUUCCACUGCCGUCGAUGAAAGCAUGACUUUUCGAUAUCCUCUAAGCAUCGCUCACUCUCUCCUGAGUGUCAUAUCCUCAGUACCCAUCGCAAGUAUAGAAGUCCAUGGAAUGGGUAUUUUCGAGAAGAUUUUCGAGAUUGGUAACUCUAUGGUAGACGUUAUGCAAGCUUAUGGAUCACAAAUUCCACACGAAAUAUAUGGCAUUUGUCAAGACCCAUUUGAUGUAUUCGUGAGGACAUUGAGUCAGACACCGAACUCUCAACGUCAAUAUGCAGCUCUUCUGCUCGCCAAAGUGACCGAAAAGCCGGAAAUCCAGAGAUUUUCUCAUAAUUUGACGAAAGUACUAUCCAUCAAUACCGUUCCUGAUGCGAUUGAAUCGAAUGCAAACUUGGUGCCACAUAUACGCGAACCGCAGUGGAGGGGAAGUAUCGUGGGCGAACUUAAAUCUGAUGAUGAUGUGGUGCACAGGGUAGAGAAAGAGAUCCACGGACAGACAGAUAACAAUCCAAUCAAUGGCAUUGCGUCAUCAACGAUUCAAUCUGGUAACAUAGGAAGCAGGGGAAGCGAGACAUUCAUGCUGCAGGCUCCUAAGUGA